CGCGCCCCUCGUUACCCCCGACUCGCCCAGUAAGAAGGCGGAAAACCAAGGAACUCCCGGCAGCAGGUUUUUGUUUUUUGUUUUUGUUUUUUCUCUUGAGAGCCCAGGCUGGAGCUGGCCAGUGUUUGAAAAGAAACAGGGCGUGGGAAAGGGGUUGUGGAAGGAGAAGUGGGGUCAAGCUUGUCCAUUCACCCGCCCGAUCCAGGAUCGGGACUGGGGAGGUGAAAAGUAUCACCUGCAGUGGGGGCUCGAGCAACAUCUCGUUCCCAGCCACCUUCUUUUCCACAGAAGCAAGGCUGGCAGGAGUUUCAGUUAACCAUUCACAGAGAAAAAAAUCCCCAAACUAUGCAUACAAAGAUACAGCUUUAUAGUAAGAAUGUGACUCCCAUAGUAAUAAAGUCAGAGCCUUGGGAACUCAGGUGACUCCGUAUUUCUUCUUCAAGAAGGAAUAAUUUCACACUAAUAACAAAGAGUUGGGGUUGAUAACCAUACACGGUACCCAGUUGUCAAUGGAACAUUGUUUCUCUCACCAUUACUGACCAAACAAUAGAAAAGAAUCUAUCCGAGGAAGUGGACACUUGACCCAUAUGUUAGGGCCCUGAAAGAUGAAAGCAGAAAACGAGAGCUCUUCUCUUUGUCCUGUUUUUACAAUUUAACUGUACUCUAAGGGAGGGAAGCCAGGACUAGGCUCCAGCCCUUUGCUAAUGUGGCUCUUUAUGCUCAGCAAGCCUCUGUCUCCACCACUGGUGGUUCAUUUCUUAGAUACACACAAAGGGUAGAGAGACACUGUGUUGAAUACAGUUUCACCAUGAUUCUUGUCCCACUUGCCAUGUGUAUUGCCUGAGGAACAGUUGGGAAAAUGUACUGGAAACUUAAAAAGAGGAAUUGCUUCUGUCUGGUCUGCCACAGUGCAGGUAGACCCAUGGACAUUGUAGGUGUAGCAUGUGUGACAUUAGUACACACUUCAGAGAGGAACAUGAGUUUGAACAUUCUUUAAAUUAUAUUUCCUGAUUACACUUCAGGGGGAUGGGGGUGGACUGUUUUUUUUCCAGCUCAAGUUGGAGGAGACCAGUGACAUCCGGUCUAAAGACCUUGGACCUCAGGAAGGGAAAUCAGAGGUGCCCAACAAAAUGGAUGCUAGACGAAAGCACUGGAAAGACAAUACGUUCACUCCUUUUUUAAAUGAGCCUGAUGUUCUAGAAGAGGCUGCUCCUCUUCAGUCUUUCUCUGAAGAAACACCUGCAGAGAAAUCCAGAAGGAUGGGGAGAAUUUUUAACUUUGCCAGCAAAAAGGUUCAAGAAGGUAACACAUUUAAGAGCAAAGACUGUUAUUCCCCAAUAGUGGAAAGAGAACAAGACCCCAAUUUAGGAGAGAGAAGGAUGAACGCGUCAAAGAACGUAGCAAAGACAGAUUCUGCCUUCUUGGACUUGCUUAAUUUGGGUGGUGCAACCAAGGCAAGUUCUCACAGAAGGGAGAGCGCCUCCGCGUGGAGUAGAAAGGAAUUGCCGACUGCCGUACAUGGCGCCAGGAAGAAAUGGUCAGAAGAAAUGCCACCAAAACUCCGUUUGCACCUCCUGAACGAAGAGCUGGGAGAACUUAACCUAAAAUGCCGGGAGAUCGAAGAGGACUUUGAAAACGCCGAAAAAGAACUUUUGAACUCUCGAAAGGAAGCCUCAACGAAAUCUGUCAAUCUUCAAGAACCAGGGACAGCUGCUUCAAAGAAUGACUGGGAACUGCAAGCUUUAAAAAAUGACCUGUCUGAAAAAGUGACAAACGUAAAAAACUUAACCGAAGAGCUCCAGCAAGCCAAAGAAGUCAUGUACAGAUUGGAUCUAGAGAACAGAAACUUGAAAGACACUCUCUUGAAAUUGAAGCAUCAAACUGAACUCAGUACUGCACUCCUCAGAGAAGAGAUGAGAUUGUUUUACGAGCUGGAAAUGGAAAAGAUCCACUUAGAGCUGGGUGCCAUCAAGAAUGAGCUGAGAGCUGAGAAGACCCUGCGAGCAAAGAACAGCAGAACCCUGGAGUUGCUUGGAAGACAACUUGCUUCCGUGAUAAGGUCAUCGCAUACCGCUGACCACUUCACUGGAAAUGGUUUUUAAACUCAAGGUGGGGAAAGCCUUUCACUGGGCAAGUCAUUGAGCCAAGUCGAUGUUUAUUGUACUACCCAUUUGUGUAUGGCUAAAAUGUAUUUGAUAGCUUGCAAUCUUUACGGUGAAUCAGAAUACCUACAGGUGAAUCAAAAUACCUACAGAUCGUGCAGAUGUUAACUUUGAAGCAUCUGUUUUCUCUUUUUGAUGAAGUCAUUGUCAAGAAUCUGAACUGAUACUUCUAAAAUCUCUUUUAUAUGGGUGCAUAUAUAAUAUCACUAAGACAAAACAACAAUAAAAAACCCAAACUGAUUCACCAGAUCACGGAUGAAUCCGAAUCAGCAGCAUUGUGUGAUCUUGUUAGCCAUGUCCUUGGCAUAUCAAUGUUCUCCCAUCUGUGGUAAUCAAUGUGAACAAUAAAAAUCUUGUUUACAUGUAUAA